AUGACCGCCGGGGAGUUUGCACAUGGGGGCCCGGGGAGGCUGCCUCGAGGGGGCCCUGGCUGUGCUUUGCGUGGCUGCUACAAGAUGCUGUCUGUGUUGCUGCUGCUGGCUCAGGGCGCCCUGCUGGAUCUCUACCUGAUCGCUGGCACAGACUUGUACUGGUGCUCCUGGAUUGCCACUGACCUGGUGGUAGUAGCUGGAUGGGGGAUAUUCUACUCCAAAAACAGCAGAGGCCAAAGAGUGUUCCAAGGCUCGCUCAGCUCCUCUGGUUAUGGUCAAGUCCAAAGGCCGAAGAAGGGCCAGUUUGCCUAUAGUCACCUGGCUUGGCUGAUCUAUGCCAUAGCUUUCACACCCAAAGUGGUCUUGAUAAUUUGCACCCCAAUAGUGGAUCAGAUCGAGGCUGGGGUACCCCUGGGAAGCACUGGGUUCCGGCUUACAGUCUCACUCUCAGUUCCUCUGCUCUGGGCCUUAGUCCGCUCAUUGAGUGUUGAUCCACGGGGAUGGCAGCACCAGAGAGCUACAGGCUACCUCAUGGCCUCCUGUUUGGACCUGCUGGAUAGCUAUGCCCUCUUGGAACCCAUGCUGGAAGGCAAGCUACCCCUCAUGCCUUUCAUUCGUUACCCAUUACUGGCUGUAUACUUUGUGGCAUUGGCUUCACCAGUCCUGUGGUUGUCCGAGCUGGACUCAGGAGUUCCUGCUGGCUGCUGUCGUCUCUUUCUUCGCCUUCUCUGUGGCACUCUGGUGGAUGGCCCUCUCCUGGCAGUCCGAUGUUUCUUGAUGCUAGGCUCGCCCAACCGACCCUUCUCCGUUUUUAUGCUGAAAAAUGUUUUUUUUUUGGUCUGCCGCUGGCUGGAGGUCCUGGAGCUCUGCUGCCUCCUCAGGACCCCAGAGCCCGACCUUGCAGACCGACCCCCGGGACAGUUCAGCCAUUGCGUCUCUGAAAAUGAUAUGGGGCCUCAUGCUUAUGUCAACACCUUGGCUGUGACAUCACAGAACUGA